AUGGCUGAGACUGAAAUCAUCCUGAUGUGUUUGGCGGUGUCGUUAAACCUGAUAAGAGCCAUCACUGAAUAUCUGAGGACAACUGGUGACAUCAGUGGUCUCAACGAGAUGGUCAGACUGCUGUGGUCACUCAACAAGAUAGUAAACAGUAAAGAAAUAUACAAGCCAUUGUUUAAAGGAUUUGAAAAUUUCAUGCAAGUUAUAUCCGAAUCAAAGCACCUUAACAGGAGCUGGAGCGGUCUGAAGAUGGCUCAGCUGCAGGGUCAACACCAGGUUCAAGGUCGCGGCGAUGACGAUGGCGAUGACGUCAUUGCUAAUUAUAAUAAUAACAAUAAUAAUAAUAACAAUCAUAAUGAUAAUAAUAAUAACUACAAUGACCUUGAGGCUGAUGACGUAAACAACCUCAAACGAAUCAGCAGCUGGCAAACCUUGACAAACAACAUCAAUAAUAAUAAUAAUAAUAAUAAUAAUAAUAAUAAUAAUAAUAAUAAUUACAGAUACGAUUACUACCCUAGCGAUCAUUAUCAUCAUCAUCAUCAUCUCAAUGAUGAUGAUGAUGAUGAUGACGUCGGUGAUGAUAAUGAUGGCGAAGUGGGCAGUGAGAUAAUUCGCACUUUCAAUAAGUUUGUGGAUGACACCGUACUCGAGAAACAAACCUACCACAACAACAACAACGGUGACGAAAGCAGUGACGUCAUGAAUGAUGGCUAUUCAAUUGUCAGCAACAGCAACAACAAUAACCACAACAACGACAACAACAACAACCACAACAACGACAAUGACAACAAGAACUUGACCAAAAUCAUCGACAGGUAUUUGAAUUAUAACGGAGAUCACGAGAUCCUGAAGAAUUAUCACAACUACGAUUUCUACAGGAACAUCAACUACAAUGCCGACAACAAUGACGUCAUUAAAAACAACAACAACAAUAAUAAUGAUGAUGAUAAGGACAAUAACAAUAUAGGCGUCAUUAAUAAUAAUAAUAAUAAUAAUAAUAACAAUAAUAAUAAUAAUAAUAAUAACAAUAAUAAAACAAGCGGGAAGAAAAAGCUCAGACUUAAAAAUAAUAGUUAUAAUAAUGGCAGGAAGAAUAAAAACAACGCGAAAAAUAAGAAUAAUAAGAUCAGGAAACAGUCGAAAAUAAAUAGCAACAACAACAAUAAUAAUAAAAAUAAUAAUAAUGAUAAUGAUAAUGAUGACGAUGAUGAUGAUAGUCUCAAUAAUUUCUUUGAUGAUAACCACAAAAUUGAAAGCGUCUACAACAACGUCAACAACAACAACAAUAACCAAAUUAUGGGAAAAAAUAGAAAUUAUAGAAAAUAUUUUUACAAAAAAUAA